AUGGAGGAUCGAGUAUUAGAUAGAAUCGUCCAGAGAUUGGUGACGAGAGUAGGAUCAAUUCAGACAGAUCCAGAGAAGAAAUUCAACGUCGAGAGGCUGAAAGCUUUAGGUGCCACGACGUUUGAUGGUGCCACAGAUCCAGAAGAUGUUGAGGACCGUAAGGUCGAGUUAGCGACGUUCUUGCUGCAGAAAGGUGUUGGGAAAUGGUGGAAAGUGAUAGUGGCCAGGAGAAGCAAUUUAGAAGCUAUGUCUUGGCCUGAGUUUAGAAAAAUAUUUGAGGACAAAUACUACCCUAGUGCUUUUAGAGAAGCAAAGAGGGAUGAGUUUCUUAGGCUAACUCAGGGAUCGAUGACGUUCGCUAAGUACGAGCAGAGAUUUUCAGAUUUAUCUCAGUAUGCCCUUCCGAUCAUUGCAGAAGAAAAAGAGAGAUGUAGGAGAUUUGUGAAUGGCCUAAGAAGGAGGAUACAUACUCCUAUUACCUCUACAACUAAUUGGGUGAAUUUCACUCAGUUAGUUGUGACCGCUAUCAAAGUUGAGCGUAGUGUAGAGGGUAGACAUACUACAGACAGGUGUGGAGCAGCACAGGACUCCAAUAGAGACGAGAGACAAACGGGGCACUUCAAGAAAGAUUGUCCCCAGCUAGUUCAUGGAGCACAGGGUGAACAGAGAGUAGUUACCCAGGUUGUACAUCAACCUAGAGCAACCAGAGCCAGAGGUGAGGGAUCCGGUGCAAUUAAGCAAAAGAGGUCCGCUUAUGUGUUAUUUGAUCCUGGUGCUACACACUCAUUCAUAUCUAGCAUGUCUGCAUUGCAUAUCGAUAGAGUGCUUGAGCAUAUGAAUGACGACUUGUUUAUUUCUACGCCUGUAGGAGAUACUCUAGUUGUGCAUGAGUAUUACAGGAGUUGUGAAAUAGUUAUUAGGAAUGGAGUUUAUGGGUUGACUUGA